CAGCAUGCAGAACGACGCUGGCGAGUUCGUGGACCUGUACGUGCCGCGGAAAUGCUCCGCCAGCAACCGCAUCAUUGGUGCCAAGGACCACGCGUCCAUCCAGAUAAACGUGGCCGAGGUGGACAAGGUCACCGGCAGGUUUAACGGCCAGUUUAAGACCUACGCUAUCUGCGGGGCCAUUCGCAGGAUGGGCGAGUCAGAUGACUCCAUUCUGCGAUUGGCCAAGGCAGAUUGCAUCGUCUCAAAGAAUUUUUGACUGGAGAGAAUUGGAGAUGCAGAAUAUUUGUCAUAAAUAAAUAAUGAAAAGCCA